AGCGAUCUCAUAGUCUUUAUAUGCGUUUAUAUCCUGCUCACUGAUUAUGUGUUUGUAGUUAGAGGCUCUUAGCAACAUUUUCCUAGCCAAUCCAGCAGCGUUUUGUCCCCGGAUGUUUUUAAGCCUGUGACGUAUGUGAGGAGUUCCUUCCCUCAGUACUUUGCGCUGUUUGGUUUUAAAAGGAAGGAGAGCUGGACUUUUGCUUGACCUGUCACCGUGUGGAGGUGUGAACAAGAUAUUUAUUUUGUGCUCACAGGGAUGCCAGAAAGAGAGGCAAAGUGAUUGAAAGAUUGAAGAAAGUUGCAGAGAACAGUUUUGCUCAUGAAAAAGGGAAGAUGAAUAGAUACUUUUAAGGAGUGCGCUGGACCCAGAAGAGGAGUGCCACUAAGAGUAAACCCCAGCUUCAAACUACUACUAAAAGACAAGAUGAGAUACCAAGCCAGGGAGGUUGAUGUUGAUGGGAGGGUGCGUCUAGUGAUGGAGAGUGCAUUGACAGCACGGGACAGGGUCGGGGUCCAGGACUUUGUCCUUUUGGAGAAUUACAACAGUGAGGCAGCCUUCAUAGAGAACCUACGGCGCCGCUUCAGAGAAAACCUCAUCUAUACGUACAUUGGCUCUGUGUUGGUGUCAAUGAAUCCAUACAAAGAGCUGGAGAUUUACUCCGAACAACAGAUGGAGCGGUACAGAGGGGUCAGCUUCUACGAGAUAUCACCUCAUAUCUAUGCACUGUCUGACAACACAUACAGAGCCAUGCGCACUGAGAGGAAAGAUCAGUGUAUCCUAAUCUCAGGUGAGAGUGGAGCAGGAAAAACUGAAGCUUCAAAGAAGAUCCUGUUGUACUAUGCGGUCACCUGUCCAGCCAAGGACCAAAUGGACACUCUGGGGAACAAGCUGCUGCAGUCCAACCCUGUGCUAGAGGCUUUUGGUAAUGCUAAAACACUUCGGAAUGACAACUCUAGUCGCUUUGGAAAAUAUAUGGAUGUGCAGUUUGAUUUUAAGGGUGCCCCGGUAGGUGGUCAUAUCCUAAACUACCUGCUGGAGAAGUCUCGUGUUGUUCAUCAAAACCACGGCGAGAGAAACUUCCAUAUCUUCUAUCAGCUUUUGGAAGGAGGAGAAGACGAGCUGAUGAAAAGACUGAACCUGGACAGAAACCCACAGAGCUACAACUAUUUAGUCAAAGGCAAUUGUCCCAGAAUCAGCUCUAUCAGUGACAAGAACAACUGGAAGACUGUCAUGAAUGCCCUCCCUGUUAUUGGCUUCACAGAGGAUGAUGUGCGGAAUGCACUGAACAUAAUCGCCAGCAUUCUCCAUUUGGGAAACACGCAGUUUGGAGAAGGGGAGGAUGGGGAAACUCAUAUUACCAAUGAAGAGCAGAUAACAAGGCUUGAGAAGCUGUUGGGAGUUGAUGGCUCUGCCCUGGGGGAGGCACUCACCCACAAGAAACUCACAGCCAAAGGAGAAGAGAUGAUCAGCCCUUUAAAUUUUGAGCAGGCUGUGUCAGCUCGAGACGCCUUGGCCAAAGCUGUUUAUGGCCGUGCGUUUACAUGGUUGGUAGAGAAAAUCAAUCAAUCACUAGCUGUCAAGGAGGAAAUUUAUCAGAGCGGCAAAGCAUCCACAGUAAUAGGACUACUCGACAUCUAUGGCUUUGAGGUGUUGCAGAACAAUAGUUUUGAGCAAUUCUGCAUCAACUACUGCAAUGAGAAGCUGCAGCAACUGUUUAUUGAGCUCACUCUCAGAUCUGAACAGGAGGAGUAUGAGACAGAGGGGAUUGCGUGGGAACCGGUGAUGUAUUUUGACAACAAGAUCAUUUGUGACCUCAUAGAAGAAAAGCACAAAGGCAUCAUUUCCAUUUUGGAUGAGGAGUGUUUGAGACCUGGGGAAACAUGUGACAUUUCAUUUUUAGAGAAACUGGAGGACUCACUUGGUGGUCAUCCACAUUUUGUCACUCACAAGUUGGCCAAUGGAAAAACACGCAGAGUAAUGAACAGAGAGGAAUUUAGACUGUUGCACUACGCAGGAGAGGUCAACUACAAUGUUAAUGGUUUUCUGGAUAAAAAUAAUGAUUCACUAAACAGGAAUUUGAAGGAGGUUAUGUGUCAGUCAGACAACCACAUCCUUAGUCACUGUUUCCGAAGAGAGGAGGUCUUUGACCAGAAACGAUCAGAAAUGGCUGCAACACAGUUUAAAAAUAGCCUGUUGAAACUAAUGGAGAUUCUCAUGUCCAAAGAGCCGUCCUAUGUGCGCUGUAUCAAGCCAAAUGACUGCAAACAACCAGGUAGAUUUGAUGAGAUCCUGAUCCGGCACCAGGUGAAAUACCUGGGUUUGAUGGAGAACCUGCGUGUCCGCAGAGCUGGCUUUGCCUACAGGCGUCGAUUUGAAGCCUUCCUUCAGAGAUAUAAGCCGCUCUGUCCAGAGACAUGGCCAAACUGGCAUGGUCCACUUGCUGAUGGGGUAUCUAUACUGGUGAACCACCUGGGCUACAAACCAGAAGAAUAUAAGCUUGGCAGAUCAAAAAUUUUCAUUCGUUUUCCAAAAACCCUCUUCAACACAGAAGAUGCUCUAGAAGCAAAGAAGCCAGAGAUUGUCUUGACCCUGCAAACAUCUUGGAGAGGAUACAGAGAAAGAGCCAAAUACAAACGCAUCAGACACGCAGUGAUUGUGAUCCAGUCUUUCUGGCGAGGUAUGAAGGCACGGAGACGGGCCAAGAGGCGAAGGGAAGCUGCAAACUUGAUACGCAGACUCAUUAAAGGCUUUAUCUAUCGUCACAAUGAUUACUGUUCUGAAAAUGAGUAUUUCAUCGAUCACGUACGCCGCUCUUUUCUCAUGAAGCUGAGCAAAAACCUGCCCAAAAGUGUUUUGGACAAAAACUGGCCAACACCUCCUCCUUCGCUCAUAGAGGCUUCUGAACAUCUACAAAGGCUUCACCUGUGCAAUAUGGUGACAAAAUACUGCAGAAGCAUCCAGCCUGAAUGGAAAAAACAGAUGACACAGAAGGUUGCAGCUAGUGAGCUCUUUAUGGAUCAAAAGGACAGCUAUCCUAUGAGUGUUCCCAGACUGUUUUUGGACUCCAGGCUCGAACGUGAACACAUCAAUCUCAAAGUUGUUCAGACACUUGGAAAUGACAAAGUACAGUAUGGUGUGAGAGUUGUUAAAUACGACAGGAGAGGGUUCAAGCCUCGCCCUCGACAGUUGCUCCUGACCAACACAUUUGCUGUGCUCGUGGACAAGACUAAAAUUAAGCAGAAAAUCGACUACAAUGCCCUAAGAGGCAUCUCUGUGAGUUCGCUCAGUGAUGGGAUGAUUGUCCUGCACAUGCCCAAUGAGGACAAGAAGCAGAAGGGCGAUGUAGUGUUGCACUGCACCCAUGUGAUCGAACUGGUGACAAAACUAGCCCUGAUGGCAAACAAGACCAACUACGUGAACAUCAGCUCGAGCAGCAUAAGGUUUGUCAUCGCUCGUGGCAGAGAGGGCUUUGUUGAUUUUACCAGGGGCUCUGAAUUGAGCGUGGUCAAAGGUAAAAGAGGACAUCUGCUAGUGACUGCCCCUAACAUCAAUAACACAUGAAGGAACACAAGGCAGAAUUCUGUGUGGAUUACCGCUACUCAAAAGGUCCUAUUGUCACGCAAACGCAUAGAAGAUAUAUUUCUCUUCACUGUUUCACAAAUAACAUUAACAUUGCCACAACUCCAAUGCUUUGUCUUUAUUAACAAUCAUGUAAUACACAAUAACUUUCUGUUGUAACAAAUACAUUUUUAAAUAAAUAAAUUACAAAUAAAUAGCAUAAAUAACAAAAA